AGCCAUGUGAGCUUUGACAAUUCACAGCGUGUUUCGUUCCUACACCGCGCGUGGCCGCGAAAACGAACUCUUUUCUGUUUUGAUGAUCAUAUUUGAAAUUAAUAUGCUCGGAAAAAAGGAUUCGGUCUUGUUGAUUGAUAUUAAUGCUACACUGAAGUUUCGCAAAGAUGAAUAAAUGGAAAUGUAACUUGUUAACUGUGAAUUGAAAAGUGAUACACGAAAAUGUUUUUCAUAAGGAAUAUCAUUUAUUUGAUGAUCACUGUAUUUCUUCCUUUGCACGAAUCCGUGUUAUUAAACCCUAUAGUGGAAAAGAAGAAUGCCAGCCAUUUAUCAAUCAGGGGUGCUAAAAAUCCUUCGUCACAAGGAUUGCCAAUGGAUUUCGAUUUGACUCUCAAUGAUGCUCAAGAAUCUGCAAACUUUUUUACAUCUGAUAUUGGAAACCCUUUUGACUCUCCAUCAGACUAUGGAGCAAUUUUCGACAACUUUCCAAACUUACCAUAUUUCCCCGAAUUCGGUGAAAUUUUUCGCAUAUCAAGAACUACUACACCGCAACCACCAUUCCAUUUUCCAGACUAUGUGAGAGAUCCUUUUCCGGACAGGCCUCCGGAAAAUCCUGCCAAACCUCUACCUCCAUCGAUUGGAGAUUCAACAGCUAGUUCAUUUAGUGAUUCAGUUAGUGGUGGUAGAAGACCUUCAAGGCGACCCCCAAGACCAGCAUCCAGUGGCACAAGAACUAAGGUCAGUAAACAGAACCAAAGUGAGCCAAGAGAAAAGCCGAAAGUUGCUAAAACCAAACCUCCGAACAAAGCUAGGGAUUACCCGAAAAUUUUCAAAUUCACAUCGGACAGAGUUAAUCUUGCUGAAUUUGAUAUGAAGAAAAAAAUGAAUGAGAAUUACUUAACUCUUGCCAAAGGUGACGAUCUGGACUCUGACAAAGUCAAAAGGAACAAGUUUCUAAUUCUUCAUGGAGGUGUUUUUGAGAUUGAACGUUCGGGUGGAAGACCAACUCUUUUUCAUGCCAGUACAAAUAUUCAUCCUACAAUAGCCUCUCCCGAAGAAACUUUCUUGACUGAUGAGCAUAAAGAAACUAGACUUGAAAGUAGUCCAUACUUUUAUAAAAUAUAGUGACCUGCAAUUUUAAAAUGCUUAUUUGUUUGUUUCAAAGUGCUACAUCAAUCAAUCUAA